GGGGCAUGCCAGUUUUCCUUGCCGGCGUUCCCGGUUUGUUCAGUGCUGGUGAGCGUACUGGUAGCUGCGGCUGCGUCUACAACGGGGAGUCCCAGGCGAGUGCGGGCCGGCAGAACACAGGAGCAUCCCGGCGUCCCGGUUCCAGACGGCGUGGCCCGCGGGUCAUGGCCAAAGGAGAGGGCGCCGAGAGCGGUUCCGCGGCGGGACUGCUCCCCACCGGCAUCCUCCAAGCCAGUGAACGGCCGGUCCAGGUGAAGAAGGAACCAAAGAAGAAGCAGCAAUUGUCCAUUUGCAACAAGCUCUGUUAUGCAGUUGGAGGGGCCCCGUACCAGCUGACAGGCUGCGCCCUGGGGUUCUUCCUGCAGAUCUACCUGCUGGAUGUGGCUAAGGUGGACCCACUCCCUGCUUCCAUUAUCCUUUUCGUGGGCCGAGCCUGGGAUGCCUUCACUGAUCCUCUGGUGGGCUUCUGCAUCAGCAAGUCCUCCUGGACCCGCCUGGGCCGCCUCAUGCCCUGGAUCAUCUUCUCCACUCCCCUGGCCAUCAUUGCCUACUUCCUCAUCUGGUUCGUGCCUGACUUCCCACUAGGGAUGGAAAGGUCGUAUGGGUUCCUUUGGUACCUGCUUUUCUACUGCCUCUUUGAGACGCUGGUCACGUGUUUCCACGUUCCCUACUCCGCUCUCACCAUGUUCAUCAGCACAGAUCAGAGUGAGCGAGACUCCGCUACGGCCUACAGGAUGACUGUGGAGGUGCUGGGUACAGUGAUAGGAACGGCGAUCCAAGGACAAAUUGUGGGCCAAGCCAAAGCACCUUGCCUCCAGGACCAGAACGACUCUGCAGUGGCCUUAGAAGCUGUCAAUCGUACACAGAGCACCGGCUCCCUUAAAGAAACGCAAAAUGCAUACCUGCUGGCAGCAGGCAUCAUUGCCUCCAUCUACGUCAUCUGCGCCAUCAUUCUGGUUCUAGGCGUGCGGGAGCAGAGAGAGCCCUAUGAGGCCCAGCAGGCCGAGUCGAUGCCCUUCUUUCAGGGCCUCCGGCUGGUCAUGAGUCACGGCCCCUAUGUCAAGCUCAUCGCGGGCUUUCUUUUCACCUCCCUGGCGUUCAUGCUGGUGGAGGGCAACUUUGCCUUAUUCUGUACCUAUACCUUGGGCUUCCGAAAUGAGUUCCAGAACCUCCUCCUGGCCAUCAUGCUCUCGGCCACAUUCACCAUUCCCAUCUGGCAGUGGUUCCUAACCCGGUUUGGCAAGAAGACAGCUGUCUAUGUUGGGAUCUCAUCAGCAGUUCCUUUUCUCAUCCUGGUGGCCCUUAUGGAGAGCAAUCUCACCGUCACUUACGUGGUGGCCAUAGCAGCUGGUGUCAGCGUAGCAGCUGCCUUCUUACUACCCUGGUCCAUGCUGCCUGACGUCAUUGAUGACUUCCACCUGAAGCACCCUCACUCCCCUGGCACCGAGCCCAUCUUCUUUUCCUUCUAUGUCUUCUUCACCAAGUUUGCCUCUGGAGUCUCCCUUGGUGUCUCUACCCUCAGUCUUGACUUUGCCAAGUACAAGAAGCAGGGCUGCUUCCAGCCGGAACAGGUCAAGUUUACACUGAAGAUGCUGGUGACGAUGGCGCCCAUCAUCCUCAUCCUCCUGGGCUUGCUGCUCUUCAAGCUGUACCCCAUCGAUGAGGAGAAGCGGCGACAGAAUAAGAAAGCACUACAGGCUCUACGAGACGAAGCCAGCAGCUCAGGUUGCUCUGACACAGACUCCACAGAGCUGGCCAGCAUUCUCUAGGACCUGCCAUACAUCACCUGAAGCUACCACACAAAGGACCCGGGGCACCAGGCAGCAUGAGGCACGGAAUCUUUUUGUCCUUACACUGAGCAGCUGUUCUUCCUGUGUCAAGACAGGGACCAAGGACUGGAUGGAGGGUGAGCGGUCCGGGACAUCUGUGCUCACUGAAAGGCUGGUCGCUCUGCAACCUCCUCACUGCCUGCCCACAGGGCCAAGCCCAAGGGCCGCAACUGUGAAUAUGUCAAGGACUGACUGGGCCUAGCUCAGAACCCUAAUGUAGAAACGUUUUAUACAGAGACUAAUUAAUAACUUAAUGACUAUGUACAUAGUGAUGUGUGUAUGUAUAUGUCUGUGAGCUAUUAAUGUUAUUAAUUUUCAUAAAAACUGGACAACAAAGCUGCCUGCUUCCA